AUGUAGAUGGACUCAUAUGCUAAUUAAAUUUAAACAAAUAAUAAUUAUGAAUUCUCAAUCUAAGCAUUCCUUGAUAUUGUGGAAAUCUACUUUUCUGAAAAAGAGUUGUAAAACACUAAGAAAAGCAAUACUCAAAUUUAAUAAAUAAACAAAGAAUCCAAAGAACGUGAGUAGAUUUAGAUCUCAAUUUGCUAAGUGAAUUCACAAGGAAUAUAGUCAGAUAGCUAUCAGACUAUAACUCAUUUUCAUAGUAAAAAUUCAAACAUAAUGAAAAAUAUACUAAAAUCCUUCUAAAGAUACAUUGAAAAUGAAGAAGACGAAAAACAAAAGCAGUUUUUUUGUUAUCUUAGCAAAGUCUCUUAUGGUCACUCUUAGUUGUGUAAAAUUUUAAAAUUUAGUCUGAAAACUGAAGGAAAAAGAUGGAAUAUGAAAGCUAAAAAUUUAGUUGAAAAGUCUAAAAUAAAACCUCUUUUUGAAUACUAUUUAACAAACAUCAAUAAACUCUGGCUUGAUAAUAGUAAAGUCUCAAAUAAAAAUGAGCAUUAAAUUAUUAUUUAACAACUGCUUAAAUAAAUACAAAAUCCUGAAGAUUGUUGCAAAAUAAGAUAUUACAAAAAAAAUAAAUCAAUUAUUAAAAGCAAUUGA